AUGGCUUCAGAACAAAGCUUCUCGUAUAUUGGUUUCAGAGAAUCGGACCUAGACAUACCAACUGAUUACGAGCUCCACGCCAUGGAAACACAGGUGCAACUUGAGAAAAUGAGAGAUGCCAUGCAACACCAGCUAGGUGAGAUAAUGGUUGAAAUCGUUUUGUUGAAAAAGAUUGUGAUUGUGAUGGCUGUGAUUGGAGUUGCAGUGGUGUUAAUGAUUGGGAUAUGUGGUUACUUCUAUGUCACUAAUUGGGGUUUUUGGUGGGUGUAG